UUUAAUAGAACUCAAAAAAUCAAAAUUGCUUCCAUUUCGCCUCUGCUAGCAAUUCAGUCUUCACAGCUCAACUCUAGUAAUCAACACAAAAAAAGUUUCAAUUUUGGCAUCAAAUUCGCAUACCCAUUUGACUUUUCUUCUCCAUUUCCCCUUCCAUUCUCCGCAUUUUCAAGAUCCAUUCAGCUCACGAUCUCUACUGUGAAGGAAACAAGGGCUACUGCUUCAAAAUCAAAGUGGGUUUUUGCUUUGUGUUUCACCACCCCAUCAAUUCAAAACUCGGAAAUAGCACAGUUGCUGAAUUUGGUAGCAGUUCAGUGUACUUGUAGCUUUAUUCACCAUGGAAGAAGAGAAUGCCAUAGAUCUUCUCCAGAGAUACCGAAGGGACAGGCGAGUACUUCUCGAUUUUAUGCUUUCCGGGAGCUUAAUCAAGAAAGUGGUAAUGCCACCUGGUGCAGUUACUCUGGAUGAUGUGGAUCUAGAUCAAGUUAGUGUUGAUUAUGUGGUCAAUUGUGCCAAAAAGAGUGUAACGCUUGAGCUUUCGGAAGCAAUUAGAGAUUAUCAUGAUCAUACUGGGUUACCCCAAAUGAGUGACACAGGUUCAGUUGGUGAAUUUUAUUUGGUCACUGAUCCUGAGUCUUCAGGUUCACCUCCUAAAAGGGCACCGCCACCUGUUCCAAUCUCUGCUGCGCCUCCUGUUGCUGUCUCCACUCCACCACCUGCUUAUCCAACAUCUCCAAUUGCUUCUAGUGUAUCAAGAUCAGAGUCUUUUAACUCCACACAAGAAAAGGAGCUAACGGUGGAUGACAUUGAUGACUUUGAGGAUGAUGACAAUGCUGCGAUGGUUGAUAGUCUCAGGGCUAAAAGGACUCUAAACGAUGCUUCUGAUCUUGCUGUAAAAUUGCCUUCUUUUUCCACAGGGAUCACAGAUGAUGAUCUCCGUGAAACUGCAUAUGAGAUCCUCUUGGCUUGUGCUGGAGCCACAGGGGGUCUGAUUGUCCCAUCUAAAGAAAAAAAGAAAGAAAAAAAAUCCAGUUUGAUUAGGAAGCUUGGGCGCAGCAAAAGUGGAAGUGUUGUAUCCCAGUCUCAAAAUGCUCCUGGAUUAGUUGGCUUGUUGGAAACCAUGCGUGUUCAAUUGGAGAUAUCAGAGUCAAUGGAUAUUCGAACAAAACAAGGGUUGCUAAAUGCUCUUGCAGGAAAGAUGGGGAAAAGGAUGGAUACUCUUUUGAUUCCGUUGGAGUUGCUUUGCUGUAUUUCACGCACAGAAUUUUCUGAUAAGAAGGCUUUUAUACGUUGGCAGAAGAGGCAGUUAAAAGUUUUGGAGGAGGGUCUUAUUAACCACCCUGUCACUGGAUUUGGUGAAUCUGUGCGCAAGUCAAACGAAUUGAGGAUUCUUUUGGCAAAGAUUGAGGAAUCUGAGUUUCUUCCUUCUUCAGCUGGUGAAAUUCAAAGGGCAGAAUGCUUGAGGUCUCUUAGGGAGAUUGCCAUUCCACUUGCUGAGAGGCCAGCUCGGGGUGACUUGACUGGUGAAAUAUGCCAUUGGGCAGAUGGUUACCACUUAAAUGUCAGACUAUAUGAGAAAUUACUUUUAAGUGUAUUUGACAUGCUAGAUGAGGGAAAAUUGACAGAGGAAGUGGAAGAAAUUCUUGAACUUUUGAAAUCGACUUGGCGAGUUUUAGGAAUCACAGAGACAAUCCAUCAUGCAUGCUAUGCAUGGGUAUUAUUUCGUCAGUAUGUUAUCACAAGGGAGCAAGGGAUUUUACUGCAUGCAAUUGAGCAAUUAAAUAAAACACCACUGAUGGAACAACGAGGCCAACAGGAGAGAUUGCACCUUAAAAGUUUGCAUUCCAAGGUUGAUGGUGAACGAGAGAUGUCUUUCUUACAGUCUUUCUUAACACCAAUUCAGAGAUGGGCUGACAAGCAGCUCGGAGAUUACCAUCUGCAUUUCAGUGAGGGUUCAGCAAAUAUGGAAAAGAUUGUUGCAGUUGCAAUGAUUACCAGGAGGCUUCUACUGGAAGAACCCGAAACUACCGUGCAGUCAUUGCCAAUUAGUGAUCGAGAUCAGAUAGAGAUAUAUAUAACAUCAUCAAUUAAGAAUGUAUUUUCAAGGACACUGCAAGUUGUUGAAAGAAUAGAUAUGUCACAUGAGCAUCCCUUGGCCUUGCUUGCAGAAGAACUCAAGAAGCUCCUGAAAAAAGAUUCGGUAACUUUCAUGCCUGUUUUAUCUCAGAGACAUCCUCAAGCAACUGUUGUAUCUGCAUCAUUAGUUCACAAACUUUAUGGGCACAGACUGAAACCCUUUCUGGAUGGUGCAGAACAUUUAACCGAGGAUGUCAUUUCAGUAUUCCCAGCUGCUGAAAGUCUAGAGCAGUUCAUAAUGGCGCUUAUUAUUUCUGUAUCUCAAGAAGAAAAUGCUGAGAUCUUGUUGAAGAAAUUGAAUCUCUACCAGAUUGAGACAAAAUCUGGAACAUUGGUGCUACGCUGGGUCAAUUCGCAGCUUGGAAGAAUUUUAGGUUGGGUAGAGCGGGUUAUUCAACAGGAGCACUGGGACCCAAUAUCUCCUCAACAGCGGCAUGCUGGUUCUAUUGUGGAAGUUUACAGAAUUGUCGAAGAGACGGUUGAUCAAUUUUUUGGUCUGAAAGUUCCAAUGAGGUUUACAGAAUUGAAUAGCUUGCUCCGUGGCAUCGACAAUGCUCUCCAAGUGUAUGGAAAUCUUGUUGUUAAUGACUUGGCAAGCAAGGAGGACUUAAUACCACCAGUGCCUGUUCUCACGCGAUACAGAAAGGAAGCUGGAAUAAAAGCUUUUGUGAAGAAGGAACUAUUUGAUGCUCGGGUGCCUGAGCCUGAUGAAACAAAGCCCAGUGAAAUUAGUGUCCUAACAACUCCAACACUUUGUGUUCAAUUAAAUACUUUAUAUUAUGCGGUUAGUCAUCUGAAUAAACUGGAAGAUAACAUUUGGGAGCAAUGGACAAGCAAGAGGUCCCAGGAAAAACUCAUAAAGAAAUCUGUUGAUGAGAAGUCCAAAAAGGAUACCUUUGAUGGAAGUAGAAAAGUUAUAAAUGCGGCUAUGGACCGCAUUUGUGAGUACACUGGAACUAAAAUAAUCUUCUGCGAUCUAAGAGUACCAUUUAUGGACAACUUAUAUAAAUCCAGCGUCUUAGGAGCCAGGGUGGAUGUACUUAUAGAACCGCUUGAUAUGGAACUCAGCCAACUUUGUGAUAUUGUUGUGGAGCCCCUCAGGGAUCGAAUCGUGACAAGUCUUCUUCAAGCAUCAUUGGAUGGCUUACUCCGCGUUAUCUUAGAUGGGGGUCCAUCAAGAAUUUUCUUUCCUGGUGAUGCAAAAUUACUAGAGGAAGAUCUGGAGGUCCUUAAGGAAUUCUUUAUCUCUGGAGGUGAUGGGCUUCCUCGGGGUGUCGUCGAAAAUCAGGUUGCACGUGUGCGACAUGUGAUCAAGUUGCAUGGCUACGAGACUCGAGAGCUGAUAGAAGACCUGAGAUCUGCUAGUGGCCUGGAAAUGCAUGGUGGCAAAAGCAAACUAGGAGCUGAUUCCAAAACUCUGUUGAGAAUAUUAUGCCAUAGGAGUGACUCAGAAGCCUCUCAAUUUCUGAAGAAACAAUACAAAAUGCCCAAAUCUUCUGCAUAAGGGGAAUGUGUACAACAAAAGGAGCAACAAAAUUUUCAUUGACGCUAGCUUUCUGUGAAUAUUCACUGCUGCCAUUGUUUGCAAUCAUUUUUGGUAUUUUCAAAAUAGGUAAUUUGCUGUAUAAAUAGGUGCUAGAGCUAGUCUUUUUAUCUAACUCCAAUGUGAUUGAUCUUCAUUUGUAAAAUUUCCUUCCUUUGAAUGCUUUAAGAAUUCAAUUAAUGAAGCUGCAAUUCAUUUCUA